UAUAGUGAAUGCAGGGUUCAGGAGACCAGAUAUAUAGUGAAGCAGGGUCCGGGGAGACAGAUUUAGUGAAUGCGGGUCCUAGGAGACCAGAUAAAUUUAAUGCAGGGUUCAGGAGACCAGAUAUAGUAAUGCAGGGUCCGGCGAGAGCGGAUAUAGUGAAUGCAGGGUCCGGGGAGACCACAUAUAGUGAAUGCAGGGUCCGGGGAGAGCGGAUAUAGUGAAUGCAGGGUCCGGGGGAGACCAGAUAUAGUGGACUGCAGGGUCCGGGGAGACCAGAUAUAGUGAAUGCAGGGUCUGG